AUAGGGGCGUGGAGAAGGUGAGCGGCUCCCCUCCCCUCCCAGCCGGGGGGGAAAGGGCGGGCAGUCGGCAGGCAGGGGGCAGCGAUUGGCCAAAGCUUUGACGGGCGGAUAGUACGGCCUGUGCGCAGCGAAGUUGAGUCCUCCCUCUGCGGGGCGGGCCGGGGGAGUGGGCGGGAUUUCCCGGGUAACAGAGAAGCGGCCGCGGCGGUAGAGGCGGCGGAGACGGUUUCUCCAUCUUCCCCCCCUCCCCUUCCCCCCUCGGAGUUUCCCUCCCUCCCUCCCUCCCUCCUUCCCAGUCUGGGCACUGGGGCCUGUGACCGCUUCGUUAGCGGAGAGGAGGCUGCCAGCCCGCUUUGGCGGGCCUGUGCCCCGUGCGGUUCUCGGGGCCUCCCUGCUGAGCCUGAGGCUCACGCCGAGAGGGACACGCAGUAAGGAGCGGCCGAAGCAGCUUUGCGGUGUACAACACAGUGAUUCACAAUUUUUAAAGGUUAUUGAGCAUCUUCUGAAAUAGCUCUGGACUGACACAGGAAGAGUCUUUGUCCCUAAGAAGUUUACAUUCUUAAAAAGAAAGUUUGCAGAUGUGAUUGCAUCUACUGCUUUGGAAGGUAGUUGAGAAUCACAGUGAAGAAAUUAUGGACUUGGCAUAACUUGUUGCUGUUACUCUGUCAAGCUGAAGAUAUAUUGUUAAUAUGGUCAACUAUUGUUUCCUAAUACUGUACUUCUUUUCCUUCACAUGCCUUCCUGUUUCUGCUACUUUAAGAAAUGAGUAGUAGAAGUAGUAUCUUAGGAUUUUAAUCUUUUUCUUGUUACAAUUUAAGUAAUUAAUUCUGGGUAUUUGUUUUUUGUUGAAGUUAAAGUCAAAUAAUGAAAUUCAUCCAGCAGCAUAGUUGGGUAGUCUGAAUCAGGGUUCUGCCAUUAUUACAUUAUAUUCUUUCCAAAUAUUUCAAGGAAUUUUGUUUUUCUGACAGACUUCUUUUUAAAUAUGAAUUUUAAUUGUCUUUAUAUAGUUAUCUGUCCGAUUGUCUUUUAACAACACAUUAAAAAAAAAACCACCUUUGACAUUUUUAGUUAUGUAACUUUCUUUUGGGGUCUCUUUCUUCAUAAGACAUGUCCCCCAAACCCCCCUCAGAAAAAACACCCAAAAGACAUGUCCAGUGGGAUUUGUUGUCAGUUAUAACCAAAUGCAGAUUUUUGUGUGUGUGUCCUUGUAUGUUUGCAGAGCAACAACCUGAUACUGGUUUUCCUCAGGGAGGGCUGCACCCGUGGCUCACGGUUCAUCUAGAUUGGGACUUUACUCUCUUGAUAGCCUCAGUGCCUAGGACAGUGCUGGCACACGCAUCGUGCCAGUGGAUUUUCCUCAGUCGUGCUGGUAUCCUCCAGGGCUGGGCUUGUUGACUUUGCAGGCCGUUGAAGGAUAUAUGGAGCCAUAGUCCCUUAUCUGCAGUUCUGAAAUGCAAGAAUUUGUUUGUUUUUGGGUUUCGUAGUGCAGCCCUGAGCAUGAGCGCAGAAUGAAGCGGCGUCUGGAUGACCAGGAGUCACCGGUGUAUGCGGCCCAGCAGCGUCGGAUCCCUGGUAGCACAGAGGCUUUUCCUCACCAGCACCGGGUGCUCGCCCCUGCCCCUCCCGUGUAUGAAGCAGUGUCUGAGACCAUGCAGUCAGCCACGGGAAUUCAGUACUCUGUGACACCCAGUUAUCAGGUUUCAGCCGUUCCACAGAGCUCCGGCAGUCACGGGCCCACCAUAGCAGCAGUUCAUAGCAGCCAUCAUCACCCAACAGCUGUGCAGCCCCAUGGAGGCCAGGUGGUCCAGAGUCAUGCUCAUCCAGCUCCACCAGUUGCACCAGUGCAGGGACAGCAGCAGUUUCAGAGGCUUAAGGUGGAGGAUGCACUGUCUUAUCUUGACCAAGUGAAGCUGCAGUUUGGUAGUCAGCCUCAGGUCUACAAUGAUUUCCUUGACAUCAUGAAGGAAUUUAAAUCUCAGAGCAUCGACACUCCAGGAGUGAUUAGUCGUGUGUCCCAGCUGUUCAAAGGCCACCCUGACCUGAUCAUGGGCUUCAAUACCUUCUUACCCCCUGGCUACAAGAUUGAGGUGCAAACCAAUGACAUGGUGAAUGUGACAACUCCUGGCCAGGUUCAUCAGAUCCCAACCCAUGGCAUCCAGCCCCAGCCUCAACCACCACCCCAACAUCCUUCCCAGCCUUCAGCCCAGUCAGCCCCAGCUCCUGCCCAGCCAGCUCCUCAGCCCCCACCUGCCAAAGUCAGCAAGCCUUCCCAACUACAAGCACAUACUCCAGCCAGUCAGCAGACUCCCCCACUCCCACCAUACGCGUCCCCACGUUCUCCACCUGUCCAGCCUCAUACACCAGUGACAAUCUCGUUGGGAACAGCCCCGCCCUUGCAGAACAAUCAACCUGUGGAGUUUAACCAUGCUAUCAACUAUGUUAAUAAGAUCAAGAACAGGUUCCAGGGCCAACCAGACAUCUACAAAGCGUUCCUGGAGAUUUUGCACACAUAUCAGAAAGAGCAGCGAAAUGCCAAGGAAGCUGGAGGAAACUACACGCCAGCGCUGACUGAGCAGGAGGUGUAUGCCCAGGUGGCUCGUCUUUUUAAAAAUCAGGAGGAUCUGUUGUCAGAGUUUGGACAGUUCCUACCAGAUGCCAAUAGCUCUGUGCUUUUAAGCAAAACAACUGCUGAGAAGGUCGAUUCCGUGAGAAACGACCAUGGAGGCACCGUGAAGAAACCUCAACUGAACAACAAGCCACAGAGGCCCAGCCAGAACGGCUGCCAGAUCCGCAGGCACUCUGGCGCCGGAGCCACCCCUCCAGUGAAGAAGAAACCCAAGCUGCUCAGCCUCAAGGAUUCUUCUAUGGCAGAUGCCAGCAAACAUGGUGUAGGAACGGAAUCAUUAUUUUUUGAUAAGGUCCGAAAGGCUCUGCGGAGUGCAGAGGCCUAUGAAAAUUUCCUGCGGUGUCUUGUUAUUUUUAACCAGGAAGUGAUCUCUCGGGCGGAGCUUGUGCAGUUAGUCUCUCCAUUCCUGGGGAAAUUCCCAGAAUUGUUUAAUUGGUUUAAAAACUUUCUGGGCUAUAAGGAGUCUGUACAUCUGGAAACCUUUCCAAAGGAACGAGCCACAGAGGGCAUUGCAAUGGAGAUAGAUUAUGCCUCUUGUAAGCGGUUGGGCUCCAGCUAUCGAGCCCUACCAAAGAGUUACCAGCAGCCCAAGUGUACAGGACGGACUCCUCUCUGUAAAGAGGUUUUAAAUGAUACUUGGGUUUCCUUCCCCUCCUGGUCUGAGGACUCCACCUUUGUUAGUUCAAAGAAAACUCAGUAUGAAGAACAUAUCUAUCGUUGUGAAGAUGAACGUUUUGAGCUUGAUGUAGUUUUAGAGACCAAUCUGGCAACGAUCCGGGUUCUGGAAGCAAUACAGAAGAAGCUUUCCCGCUUGUCUGCUGAGGAACAAGCCAAAUUUCGCUUGGACAACACCCUCGGGGGCACAUCGGAAGUCAUCCAUCGAAAAGCACUCCAAAGGAUAUAUGCUGAUAAAGCAGCUGACAUCAUUGAUGGUCUGAGGAAGAACCCCUCCAUUGCCGUCCCAAUUGUCCUUAAAAGGUUGAAGAUGAAAGAGGAAGAAUGGCGAGAAGCUCAGAGGGGCUUUAACAAGGUGUGGAGAGAGCAAAAUGAGAAAUACUACUUGAAGUCUCUGGACCACCAAGGCAUCAACUUUAAACAAAAUGACACCAAGGUCCUGAGGUCUAAGAGCUUACUCAACGAGAUUGAGAGUAUCUAUGAUGAGAGGCAAGAGCAGGCUACGGAAGAAAAUGCUGGUGUACCUGUUGGCCCACACCUCUCACUUGCCUAUGAAGACAAACAGAUUCUGGAAGAUGCUGCUGCUCUGAUUAUCCACCAUGUGAAGAGGCAGACGGGCAUUCAGAAGGAGGACAAAUAUAAAAUCAAGCAAAUCAUGCAUCAUUUUAUUCCAGAUCUGCUCUUUGCUCAGAGAGGUGAUCUCUCGGAUGUGGAGGAAGAGGAAGAAGAAGAGAUGGAUGUAGAUGAAGCCACAGGGGCGGCUAAGAAGCACAAUGGUGUUGGGGGCAGUCCCCCUAAGUCCAAGCUACUGUUUAGUAACACAGCAGCUCAGAAGUUAAGAGGGAUGGAUGAAGUAUACAACCUCUUCUAUGUUAAUAAUAACUGGUAUAUCUUUAUGCGACUGCACCAGAUACUCUGCUUGAGGCUGCUGCGGAUUUGUUCCCAAGCUGAACGGCAAAUUGAAGAAGAAAACCGAGAGAGAGAGUGGGAGCGGGAAGUGUUGGGCAUAAAGCGGGACAAGAGCGACAGCCCUGCCAUCCAGCUGCGUCUCAAAGAACCCAUGGAUGUUGAUGUGGAAGAUUAUUACCCAGCUUUCCUAGACAUGGUGCGGAGCCUGCUGGAUGGCAACAUAGACUCGUCACAGUACGAAGAUUCGCUGAGAGAGAUGUUCACCAUUCACGCCUACAUUGCCUUUACCAUGGACAAACUCAUCCAGAGCAUUGUCAGACAGCUGCAGCACAUCGUGAGUGAUGAGAUCUGUGUACAAGUGACUGACCUGUACCUGGCAGAAAACAAUAACGGGGCCACUGGAGGCCAGCUGAACACACAGACUUCAAGGAGCCUCCUGGAGUCAACAUAUCAGCGGAAGGCUGAGCAGCUUAUGUCAGAUGAGAAUUGCUUUAAGCUUAUGUUCAUUCAGAGCCAAGGCCAGGUUCAGCUGACCAUCGAGCUUCUGGACACGGAAGAGGAGAACUCGGAUGACCCUGUAGAAGCAGAGCGCUGGUCAGACUAUGUGGAGCGAUACAUGAAUUCUGAUACUACCUCUCCUGAGCUUCGUGAGCAUCUGGCACGGAAACCAGUAUUUCUCCCACGGAAUCUGCGGCGGAUCCGCAAGUGUCAACGUGGCCGAGAACAGCAGGAAAAGGAAGGGAAGGAAGGAAACAGCAAGAAGGCCAUGGAGAAUGCGGAUAGCCUAGAUAAGCUGGAGUGUAGAUUCAAGUUGAAUUCCUAUAAGAUGGUGUAUGUGAUUAAGUCGGAGGACUACAUGUAUCGGAGGACUGCCUUGCUCCGAGCUCAUCAGUCCCAUGAGCGUGUAAGCAAGCGGCUACACCAGAGGUUCCAAGCCUGGGUAGAUAAAUGGACCAAGGAGCACGUGCCCCGGGAAAUGGCCGCGGAGACCAGCAGGUGGCUCAUGGGAGAGGGGCUGGAGGGCCUGGUGCCCUGCGCCACCACCUGUGACACAGAGACCCUGCACUUUGUGAGCAUUAACAAGUACCGUGUCAAAUAUGGCACCGCGUUCAAAGCCCCAUAACUGCAGAGCCAGAGCAGAUGACUUGAGGGGGGUGUGUGUGGGGGGACACGUGUACUCGCACACACUGAAGAAACAAGGAAGAUGCCUUUCAAGCCUCACUGGGCCUCUCUGGGACACGGCCACCUGAUCUGUGUGUGGCUGGUGCAACCUGGCACCAAGUGGGCUACAUAUACAGAACGUGGAUACCUUACAAAGCCGGAGCUGGACCUUUUCCCGAGGGUUUUGGGUAUUAGCCUGCCCUGAGGGGAAGAAAUCCAUGCAAGCACAGGGACAUGCAGCUUGCUUGCACACACCAGCAGAGCUAAGACUGGAGCCUCCUGGGGCCCGACCUUCAGUGAGGGAACUGGAUGCUGUUCACACCUUGAUUGGAUGGGCGAGCAUUGACUGACAGACUGGGGAGAAAGACUCAGUGCUUAGGUGGAUUGUAACUCUGAUGGUCACUGCUCCUUUCCUCUCCCCCUCCCCCCAAAAGCAAAAAAAACUGGAUUGGAUUUUUUUUUUUUCCUGGUCACUUGAGCACAUCUAGAUCACCCAUUAGAUUUUCUCUGGGACCUGCAGUUUGGCUUUGGGAUUGAUCAUCUUGUGGAUUUGAUUCCUGACGAAUCCCUUGCUGCCCACCCUUUAUCCUCUUCUCUGGUUCUCAACCUCAACAAGUUCAAAUCAGUCGUCCUUUUUAGCUCCCGUGGAACUGUUUUGUACCUGCUUCUUUACUAGUCUACCCUAGUGCCAUCCACCAGCUUUACUCACACUCUCACACACACACACACACACACAAUUUUAACUUGGUUUUUUUUUUCUUUUUUUCUUUUUCUUUUGUAAAUAAUGUACAUACUGUCAAUUUUUUUAUUAAAAGAAAUAUGCUUUGAUGUGCUAGCA